AGUUUGACGUUUGUUAUCAAUUUAAUAUUAACCUCUUCCUCUGUCGUAUUGAAAGUGAAACACAUGGCUCAAUAUAUUUACAUAGAAUAUAUAUUUAGUUACGGUUACAUUGGAUAGGCAAAAUAGUAGCUUAACAUAAAAUAUACGCAUUCGUAGAGCAAAAAUUUAUUUAUCAAAUAUGAUAUCAAAAUAACCUAUAAUUGUUGUUUUGUUGUGAAAGUCUAUGUAAUUUUUAGCAAUAAAACGUUGCUAACCUUAGUAUUAGUUAAAAUACUAUACAAUGACUAAUCCUAAUGCUGGUGUUUGUAAUAUAAAAAAGGAAUACAUUAUUCAGAGACAAGAAAAGUAUGAUAAAACUCAAACCAACGAUGGAACAAAUAAACGUAAACUGAGUGAAAAUGAUGAAAUUGAAGCAAAAAGAUCUCGAAGUGAUAAAAAUGGUGAUCCGUCCAAUGAUAAGUGCAAAAUAAAAAGGAAGGGCCAAAACAAGGCGAGGCCAAAAACAUUCCAAGGCGAUAAGCAAAAUAAGCCAUGCCCUAGUAUAGUAAAUGUCACAACUAAAGAUGAUAUACAAACAUGUAACUUUACUAAUUGUAAAUAUAUUCAUAAUCCCAUUGAUUACUUAACAUCUAAACAACAAGAUAUAGGUGAAACAUGCCACUUAUUUAACACUCGAGGCAGAUGCCCAAGGGGAAUAACAUGUCGAUAUGGUGCUGGCCAUAUUACCAAAGAUGGUUUUAACUUAGUUGAUGAAAUGAAAUUCAGCUCAUGGAAAGAAGACACCAAAAACACUUUACAACCAUCUCUUCAAAUAAGUUUACAGAAAAGAAAAUAUGAUUUCUCUAUGGCUGAAAAGUUGGUUAAAUCUUUAGAUAAUAGAAAUAAACCUGAUGAAAAAGAUACUAAUACUGAUAAAUUGCAAAUUGAAAAUGAACUUAAUAAACAUAAAAUACACAAGUGUGGUGCAAUUAUUGACGAUGACUUAAUUAAAUUAUUACCACGGGAAACAAAAAAAAUUGACUGGAAAAAUAAACUGUAUCUUAGUCCACUUACAACUGUUGGCAACUUACCAUUUAGAAGAAUUUGCAAACAAUUUGGUGCUGAUGUUACAUGUGGUGAAAUGGCUUUAUGCGAAUCUUUAUUAAAAGGGCUUAAACAGGAGUGGGCCUUGGUAAAAAGACAUGAGUCAGAAGAUAUAUUUGGAGCACAAAUAUGUGGAAACAAUGCUUAUGGAAUUGCUAAAGUGGCACAAUUAUUGCAGGAAAAUACUCAUUUGGAUUUCAUUGAUUUAAAUCUCGGAUGUCCAAUAGAUUUAAUUUACAAGAAAGGUGGGGGCAGUGGUAUGAUGCAUAGAAUACCAGCUUUAGAGGCAUCAGUGAGAAGUGCCUCAAUGUUAUUAAAUAUACCUUUUACAAUUAAAAUGAGGACUGGAAUAUACCAGGACAAAAAAAUUGCACAUAAUAUUAUUCCCAAAGUAGUGGAUUGGGGGGCAUCACUAAUAACAUUACAUGGCAGAUCCAGAGAAGCAAGAUACACAAAAUCAGCAGACUGGGAAUAUAUUGAAAGCUGUGCAAAAAUAGCAGCUCCGUGCCCUGUUUUUGGUAAUGGUGAUAUUUUAAGCUAUGAUGAUUACAUUAAUAGAAGACAAAUAGCACCAACAGUUCAAGGAGUAAUGAUUGGUAGAGGUGCAUUAAUAAAGCCAUGGAUAUUUACAGAAAUAAAAGAGCAAAAAUUGUGGGAUAUAAGCAGCAAUGAAAGAUUUGAUAUAAUCAAGAAAUUCACAAAUUUUGGUUUGGAGCAUUGGGGUUCUGACACACAAGGCGUAGAAAAUACAAGGCGGUUUUUACUGGAGUGGCUUUCAUUUUUAUACCGCUACAUACCAGUUGGAUUAUUAGAGAGACCUCCACAAAAGAUUAAUGAAAGACCACCUAUGUACUUUGGUCGUAAUGAUUUAGAAACACUAAUGGCAUCAGGCAAUUGUGCUGACUGGAUAAAAAUAAGCGAAAUGCUACUAGGUCCAGUUCCUGAUGGAUUUCAGUUCUUACCUAAGCAUAAAGCUAAUUCAUAUCAAUGAAACUUUGUUUUUAUUAAUAAAUAUUUAUUACAUUUA